CCGUCAUCUCGACUUCAGCUCUACAAACCUUCAAUCUCUACCCGCAUAGAUACCCAGAUACCCAACCCAGCGCAUCGUUUAUCCACUUUAACGGCAUUUCAGACAACCUUUGAAGCAAUCAACAGUUUGAAUUUCGAUAUCUCUAUCCGCAGCAACGAGCGACAAUGGCGAGCUCUUCACGCGUCCCCAGCGCAACCAAGCGCCUCCUCCACGAACUGCAAUCCUACCACACGAACCCCAACGAAGCUCUCCGCGAACUCGGUCCCGUAAACGACGACGAGAUAACCCACUGGCGAGCCGUCAUGACCGGCGUCCCAGGGACCGCCUACGAAGGCGGCCAAUGGCUCCUCGACAUCCAAAUCCCCUCGACCUACCCCAACGCCCCGCCCACCAUAAAAUUCCUCACCCCCAUCUGCCACCCGAACGUCGACUUCCGCACCGGCGAGAUCUGCCUCGACCUCCUCAAGACCUCCUGGACCCCCGCCUACACCAUCUCCGCCACCCUCACCAGCAUACACCAAUUGCUGACCUCCGCCGAGCCGGACAGCCCGCUGAACGUCGACAUCGCGCAGCUGUUUCGUCUGGAGGAUUACGUGGCGGCGGAGGCGCUGAUUAGGUUUUAUACGGUUACUGAGAGGUAUGAGUGGAAGAGGGAUGGGGGUGAGAGGGGCGCGGGGAGGGUGUAGUAUGUUGGGGGGCUUUUAUUA